ACGAUUUUAAAGAGAAUAUGUCACAAUUCAGCUUUCAUACGGAAGUGAAUGAUCUCCUGAGACUCGAUGCCCCGAUCAACAAAGGACCAGCUCCUCGAUGGCAAAGAAAAUCAACAGAACGCCGUUCUUCCAGCGCUACUUCGUCCACGCCGCUUCGUAACUCUUCGAGACUAAACUCGAGCAAGACUCCAUCGAAGACACCGAAAUCUCUGAAGAAAACGCCUGGAAAGCCAAAGACACCAUCUGAGGACAGAUUUAUUCCUAACCGAAGUGCCAUGAAUUUUGAAGCGAACUAUCACAAAAUGGUUUUAGCUGAUCUCGAGAACGAAGAAAACGAGUGUGCUAGUCCCUCGAAAGCCGAGUUCAAGAAGAACAUGGCAGAGAAUCUUGUAGGAAAUGAGGCAAAUGCCAGGAUUCUUGCGUUCAAGAACAAAGCGCCAGCACCAAGAGAAGGACACUUGAAUGAUCUACGCGUGCUGUACAGCCAAAAUAAGACUCCGUCCACAUCCACAAAGAAGAACGCGAGACAUAUUCCACAAGUUCCUGAGAGAAUAUUAGAUGCACCUGAUCUGAUUGACGAUUACUAUCUAAAUCUCUUAGACUGGAGCUGUAACAAUCAUUUGGCAGUAGCCCUAGGUGGCUUUGUGUACCUUUGGAAUGCAGCCUCAGGUGAUAUUGUACAGCUCUGUCAAACUGUGACACCUGACUGUUAUGUUGGAGCUGUGUCUUGGAUCAAGGAAGGAAAUUUUCUUGCCUUAGGAGACAGUAAUGGAGUUGUACAGUUGUGGGAUGUAGAGGCACAGAAGCGUGUACGAAGCAUGUCAGGUCAUUCAGCUAGGGUUGGAUGCCUGUCGUGGAACUCAUACAUACUCUCAAGCGGGAGUAGAAGUGGUGCCAUUCACCAUCAUGAUGUCCGUGUGGCAAACCACCAUGUUGCAACUCUGGCCAGACACACCCAAGAGGUGUGUGGAUUGAAGUGGUCUCCUGAUGGCAAAUAUCUUGCCAGUGGGGGAAAUGAUAACCUGCUGAUGAUCUGGGACGCUGCUGUGAACACGGCCAAUAACACCAAUACUCCUGUCUUCACCUUCAAUCAACACCAGGCAGCUGUCAAGGCACUGGAUUGGUGUCCUUUUCAACGCAACAUACUUGCUAGUGGUGGAGGAACAGCUGAUCGCCACAUUAGAUUUUGGAAUGUUGGCUCUGGAAAUUGUUUAAGUAGCAUUGACACUCAUUCACAGGUGUGCUCUAUUUUGUGGUCAAAAGAAUACAAAGAACUUGUGUCCAGUCAUGGUUACGCACAAAACCAACUAACAGUGUGGAAGUAUCCAUCAAUGGUUAAAGUGACAGAACUGACUGGUCACUCUUGCCGUGUCCUUCAUAUGGCCAUGAGUCCAGAUGGACAGACAGUUGUCUCUGCUGCAGCAGAUGAGACUCUUAGAAUAUGGAAGUGUUUUGCUACCGAUCCUGCAAAGAAAAAAUCCAAACCAAAUGCCCCAAGCAGUUCAUUAGUGCGUCUAGGUAUACGUUAAUUUUUAGGUAAACAGGGGAAUAAAAAGUAAUUAUAUAAAUUUUAGUGGCAAUCUACACAUAGGCCACUUGGUUUUUCUACAAAAAAUUGAGUUUUAACUGACAUGGAACAUUACUAGUAAGGUUAUUACAUAUUAUAAAAGUUCUGUCAGUGUGAUAUAAACACCUAAAUCAUGGGCAUCCACUGUUUAGCUGGAAGAAAAACAUUGAUAGUCACUCAUACAUUGAGUGAUCAAGUCAAAUUUAUUCUAGCAAGGGUAUCAAAAUCUUGUAGAGUAAAAGAGAGCAGUGAAUUUCUCAAAUGUAUUUUUCUCCAUGGAGUGCAAGUAUGCAUUAUGACUACCCUCCUUCAAAGUUGCACAACUGAAACUAAUGAGUCA